AUGGGGAGAUUGAGAACAGCUUUUCUCGCCGUCUCUCUCGUCGUUUUUGUUUGUGUUUCUGAGGAGCUUAUUGCUCGAGACGGUGCCAAUCGCUUACGAUUCUCCGUCUCCGAUACCCGGUAUCCUAUUGAUUACGCUGAACCUCACGGUGGCGAUGUGGCAGAGCAAACAUGGAUUCAUUGUAGAGAAGAAGCAAGAUAUAAAGAGAAAGAUUGUUUUCUGUAUAUCCCUCGAGAAGAAGCAGCAAAUGAGUACCUGGAAUUAUCCGUCUUAACCAGAACUCCGAAUCCGAGGGAAGAGAUCGGUUAUCGGCAUUGGUUCACCAAUUGGUUUAGACCUCUCGGUGAAUCUACUACGAGCUAUCCAAGAAGAAAACUGGCCAGAAAGAGAAAGAGGAGGAAGGCAAAGAAGUUUAGAGUAUCUGCUCCAAAUUUCGCACUUGGUCCUGCACCUGCUUAUGCACCGAGUCUCGCACCUGGUUAUGCACCAAGUUUGGCACCCGGUUAUGCACCAGGUUACGCGCCAGGUCCUGGACCGGUUGCUCAAAACUAUGUUUUGGCACCAGCAAGCUCUCCAUCUCCAUCAGCUAAAACACCGGCUGGUUCAAAACCUGCUCCAACUCCAACAAAGAGAAAACCAACUCCGAGUAGAAGCGUUCCAGGUCCUCCUCCUCCACGAGCAGCGAAGAAGGAUGACAUCUUGAUGAAACUUAUCAUCGCCGUUGCUUCAACCGCUGUGUUAACGUUCUUCCUCGUUGCGUUGCUGUUCUUGUGUUGCUUCAGACGCAAUCGCAGAAACGCGGUUGGUCCUAGAGAUGGACCGAGAGACGAAGGACCUCUUCUACAUCUCAGUGAUUUAUCAGUUGGAUCGAAUGAGAACUCUCCCACCGCCGUUGCAAGCACGAGCAGGAAAAUGUUCAGUGCUAGUUCCAAGAAGAGGUCGUUUCUUUCAAGAGUAUCUCUAAAGAGAAAUGUUGAUGAGUAUCCAACAGCUGAAGCAGCGUCAUCAUCAUCAACAUCCUCUGGACUUCCUCUUCCCCCUGGAAGAUCAGCUCCAGCUCCUCCUCCUUCAGCUCCUCUACCUCCACCUCCACAGCCUCCGCCACCUCCUCCUCCUAAACCUCAGCCUCCUCCACCACCUAAACUUGUUCGUCCUCCACCUGCACCACCAAAAGGUGCAGCUCCUAAACCCCCAGGACGAGGCUCCUCUGGUGGAGAUGGAUCCGAUGUUGAUUCCGAGACUGGAGCUUCCAAAGCCAAACUAAAGCCGUUCUUCUGGGACAAAAUGGCAAACCCUGAUCAGAAAAUGGUUUGGCAUGAGAUCAGCGCCGGCUCAUUCCAAUUCAACGAAGAAGCGAUGGAGUCUCUGUUCGGCUACAACGAUGCGAACAAAAACAAAAAUCCUCAGAGAGGAGAUUCAGCUAGAGAAUCACCUGUCCAGUACAUUCAGAUCAUUGACACCAGGAAAGCUCAAAACUUAUCUAUUCUUCUUCGAGCCUUGAAUGUAACAACAGAGGAAGUUGUCGACGCCAUCAAAGAAGGUAAUGAGCUACCAGUGGAGCUCCUACAAACAUUGCUGAAGAUGGCUCCAACUCAAGAAGAAGAACUCAAACUUAGACUAUACUCUGGCGAUCUCAACUUACUUGGCCCUGCAGAACGGUUCUUGAAAAUCCUUGUCGACAUACCUUUCGCUUUCAAACGUAUAGAGUCGCUUCUCUUCAUGAUCUCACUUCAAGAAGAAGUCUCUGGCCUCAAAGAAGCUCUCUCAACUCUUGAGGUGGCUUGCAAGAAGCUCAGAAACAGCAGACUAUUCCUAAAGCUACUAGAAGCAGUACUCAAGACCGGAAACCGAAUGAACGUAGGGACAUUCCGCGGCGACGCGAUGGCUUUCAAGCUCGACACGCUCUUGAAACUCUCCGACGUCAAAGGCACCGACGGCAAGACCACGCUCUUGCAUUUCGUUGUUCUCGAGAUCAUUCGCUCCGAAGGCGUCCGUGCUCUCCGUCUCCAGAGCAGAAGCUUCUCAAGCGUUAAAACAGACGAUAGCAACAGCAACACAGAUUCAAGCCCACAAUCAGUGGAGCGUUACCGGAGCACGGGGCUUCAGGUGGUUUCGGGAUUAACCACGGAGCUUGAGGAUGUGAAGAGAGCAGCGGUUAUCGACGGCGAUGGAUUGGCUGCGACGCUGACGAAUAUAAGUGGCUCGCUGACGAAUGCGAGGGAGUUUCUGAAAUCGAUGGACGAAGAGAGCGAUUUCGAGAAGGCUUUGGCUGGGUUUAUCGAGAACGCGGAUGCUGAUAUCAAGUGGUUGAAGGGGGAAGAAGAGAGGAUCAUGGCGUUGGUGAAAGACUCUGCCGAUUAUUUCCAUGGGAAAUCGGCGAAGAACGAAGGGCUGCGAUUGUUCGCGAUUGUGCGUGAUUUCUUGGUGAUGUUGGAGAAAGUUUGCAGAGAGGUUAAGGAAACGACGAAGACGACGAAUUAUUCGGAGAAGAAGGAGAUCGAAAUGGCUCCGGAUAGUAGUCAACCGUCACCGGAUAUUAUUCGGCAGCGUUUGUUUCCGGCGAUUGCUGAACGGAGAAAUGACAGUUCCGAUGAUUCUGUUAGCUAA